AUUGCCAUGCAGAAGUGCCCCGAACUGAGCCGGCUACCCAAAGCGUCGAGGCAGCUAAGGUCCUUGAACUUCAAGAAACAGGAUGUCGGGACCAUUCUUCCCCCACUUCAAGUAGCUCACUCUGAAGUCCUCGACCCGAGCCACCCCGCUGCCCGCAUACCACGCGCGCGCAUGCGAUCCGGUAUCCCUGGCAUGGGUAUCUCCGUCCUCCCCAAAGCACUGAUGUACCCAAGGCUGCGUGAAUACGGCGACGCUCCGCCGCCGACGAAGAGCGACGCCGGGCAGCUGGGCGCCUCGGUCCACGUCAUGGUGCCCGUCGCGAAGUUCCCUUCCGCCGUCAUUCGAAACCGGGUCAUGAACAGGGUCAAGGCGGCGGUGGCGUUGGUCGUGACCAGGGGCGCGCGCACCAACAAGGACGCGAAGGGACAGGACAGGAUCGUCUUCAGGGAGGCGGACGCGGGGCGGGAUUGGAUACGCGACGACUGGACGUAUAUCUUUAACCCGAUGCCGGAGGUGUACAGGAUGCCCCAGCAGAAGCUGGUCGAGCGCGUGCGCAAGAUGAUGAAGUGGGCGCGGACGUGUACGGCAGAGCUGGAGCAGUCGUGGGCCCGAAAACCUAGCAAGUCGCAGACGAGGAGUGGCCAGGAGAAUGGGCGAGCGAUCACCGACAAACACAUCCGGCGGCCUCCCUCCGUAAGUCUCGUCGACCUGCUGUAUUCGUUCGCCUGA